GCCGCACGGCCGAUAACACCGAUCGGAAUGUCGAGGAAAGGACGUAAGGGAAGGAAGGGACGGAAGGAUUCGCCGAGGGACAAAACGGCCACCGCCGAGUCCGUUCAGCUCGGAUCCGACCGCGACAGACCCACCACUGCUCGAGUCGAGAAUAUCAGAGAUCGAAUGAUUAAGGACAUGCAAGAGGAUAUUCGAUUGGAACGAUACAACGAGAAACGGAAGGCGGAAUUGGAAGCGCAGGAGGCGGCGAAUAGGCAGAAACAGCUAGGUGAAACGCGAGACGUCCUCUCUCGGCAUUGGUCGGCGUACGCGGGGAACGUGUCGAACCUCGAGAAAGAGGAGAAGUGGGCCCGCUACAUGACUUGCGACGGUCUACCGGAUCCUGGAUCGAUGCCGGACAUGAACACGUUUCUGUUCCUCUGGUCGACGGAAGAGAAGGAGGCGGCCACCAUGGACACCGUUGAGGAGAGAUGUCGCCUGGUCACGCACCUGUUGAGCAAACUCGGUAGAAUUGUUCGGUUCUCAACGAUCGUCUCGAAAGAGUACGAGCUCGAAUGCGAGCUGAUCGCGUCCGAGCUCCGGAUCAGGCUGCAACGUUGGAUAGACCUCGCGUGCUACCGCUUGUUGCGCAACAUCGAGGUGAACAUGAUCAGGGAAGACACGAAGACGACCAGAUACGUUCGAGUUACCAACAAAGCGGUGUGCUGCGUUUGGGCGCCGAUCGCGAUGCCCGUCGGCAUGAAACGGCAGGGAGCGGACAGGGAAAGACCCUCCUUGAUAGCACAUCGAAAAUCGAUCCAAGUGGAAUUCGAGCAGAUGGAUGUGACGAUUAAAAUGCCGAGCGACGUAGAUUGUCAUCGUAUGGCGAUCAGAGGGCUUUGGCUCGAGUACGAUCAUUACUCGGUCGAAGCGGAUUCUUAUCGGAUACCCGCGUUACCGGAGCAUCUGCUCCGUCUCUGGGAUACUCGUACUUCCUUCGAAUCUCUCGAUCUUCUGGAAUUCGCGAGAAGAGAGCAGGAGGAGAAGGUUCGAAUACGCGAAGAACAAGCGGAGGAUCGACGGUUGCGCUUGGAAGAGAAGAAAGAGAUACUGGAGAGGAUGGAACACCCGCCGGUUUCACCGAGGCUCGACGGAGGAAGAAAACGCGGCGGCAAGAAGCAGAGGAAAUUACAAUCGGCGAGGGGGGGCAAACAGUCGGAAUUCGAGUCGACGUUAACCUCCAUGCUGCCCUCGAAAACGGAACUGUUACCCUAUUUGCCUACGCCGAACGAGAUCGUUCGCGAAAGGGAAGAGAACGCCCGGCUAGAAGUUAGAAAGCUCUUGUUCACUCGCUGCGAGAAGAUCCAAGUGAAUUUGCGAAAAUACAGAAUCCUCGGUGGAGUUUUCCGCGUGGAUCUCCUCUAUCAACCGCCGCAACCGAAAGAUCUCGGAAGAGAGACUAGCCUGACCACCCUCGAGCUGCCCAAGGAGCCGAAAUUCGUGCCGUUCUACAGGUCGUACGAAACACCCCAGCAACCGGAGGACUCUGAGAGAACGCCGGAGGUUAUCGAGGCUGAGAUGAAAGCCUUGGAACUGGCGAUGGAGGCGCUCGUUCUUGUUACCCUCAAGUUGCCCGAUUCGAUUUUCUGGUUCGAACCGCCGUUGAUCGCCCAUUGGAUACCGGAGAAAAGAUGCUGGUCGACCAAGGACGUUCACGACGUGAAAUAUAACGAGGAGAAGCAGACGAUCGCGUUUAGGAUCGGUAGAUUGGGAGUUCACGGAAUAGCUGCGUACAAGUACGCGAACCUUCCGUUUCAAAGCUGGGAGUUGAAGCCGGAAACGGGAAAGAGCGGCCGUGAGUUCGCCGGGGCGAUACUCACAGUUACAGCGGCCACGGUUCACGCGGAAUUCAUCGUCAGGGACGAUCGUGUCUGUUUGAACUCGUUCGCCGGUGCCGCGAACACGCCGCUCAAACGAAUCCUUGGCGAGUACGUCGAAUUGGAAUCUCUGAUCGAGCAGUUGCAACAGGUUGGAUGCGACCUCUUUCCGGAACGGGACGCUGCCAGCUAUCUAAAGGGGCUCUCGAUCAAACACCCGAUCGCGGAGAAACACCUGAGAGAGUGCAUGGCUCUAUUGUCCACGUCGUACGUUUUCUCUUGGUCACGAUGGAACGCUAGCCGCGACUUCCGAGAGAUCGUUGUACAGUUCAAAGAGGUGCACGGCUGCCUAGCAAAACAGCGGGCGAAUCUGACGCUUCUGGUAACGCCAUCGCGGACCAUGCGCGUACGUUGUACCGAGGUUAGCCCCGAGUUCUCCGACUUACCGUACGACGACCAACAAGACUCUACCAUGUUUUACGCGGACCUGCACCAACUGGCGUUCCACACCGCCGGAAUCAAGACUCGGCUGUUGAUGGAACGGGUGUCGAGCAAAUUGGUGUGGACGGUUACGCGGCUACUCGGACGUACCAACGUUAUCGGCAUGUCCUCUUAA